GAUGAAAACGCGCACCUGCUUUAGAGGUAUUACGGUAGCGCAGCAAACUGUCCCCCUCGCAACACACACACUGCUCACUCGUACACUCACAGAGCCCUAGUGAUUCCACCCUGAUUUCCAGAAAACGAGCAAGCAACAGACGGGAUGCCAAAAAGUGAGGACCGGUGGAAGGGUUGUUCGCGCUGAAUAAGCCUCUUGAAGAGAUAGCGAGGAGAAACAACAAAACAAGACGAGAAGCUGCGCGCUUUCUCCACGGCAACUUGCGCACAGUGCAAGAGUUUUAGCGGCAGUAUUGUUCUGACUUCACUCCAGAGGGGCCACUCCGAGGAGAGAGGACGCACACAAAAGGGAAAAGGAAAGGACUAACGAGCACGCUUUGUCGUUUAAAGUAAUGGUCCUGCGGUCUUAGAUCCUAGAUUUCUCUGUCUCUCCCUCUCUCCCCUCUCUGUUUCUUUCCAUUUUUCUUUUUGUUGUUGAAUUUUUUUCGUCCCGUCGGUUGUGUGCCCCUUUGUCGCUGUGAGAGAGUGGACGCGCCGGGGGUUUGAGGAGCAGAAGCGGGGCAGUCCACAUGGUCCAACCACUGCCGUGAAAGUUGACUUCUUCAGAAAACAAGAGAACAGGUGCCAGUGAUGAUGGUGGAAUCAGCCUCUGAGACCAUUCGAACGACGCCGUCCAACCAAAAUGGAGUCAGCAGCCAAUCAGAUGGAGGGGGCGGUAGAGAGGGUGGUUCUAACGGAGACACCAAUGGAGAGAUCAGCCAAAUCGACUUACUGCACCUGCAGCAGCAACAGGCACUCCAGGCAGCCAGACAGUUCCUCCUCCAGCAGGCCUCUGGACUCAACUCCCCUGGCAAUGAGGUCAAACAGAGCCCUGUGCAGGUGCCUGUGUCCAUGGCAAUGAUGAGUCCACAGAUGAUCACUCCUCAGCAGAUGCAACAGAUCCUGUCUCCCCCUCAGCUUCAGGCCCUUCUGCAGCAACAGCAGGCUCUAAUGCUACAGCAGUUACAGGAGUACUAUAAAAAGCAGCAAGAGCAGUUGCAUCUCCAGCUUCUGAGUCAGCAGCAGCAGCAGCAACAACAGCAGCAACAGCAGCAGCAGCAGCAACAACAGCAGCAGCAGGCCGGGAAGCAAGCGGCAAAAGAGCAGUUAGGCAGUAAGCAGUUGGCCUUCCAGCAGCAGCUGAUCCAGAUGCAGCAGCUUCAGCAGCAGCACAUCCUCAACCUCCAGAGACAAGGCCUGGUCCCACUGCAGCCCACCGCCGCCAUGCAGUCUCUGCAGCAAGCGAUGUGUCCGUCAGACCUCCAACAGCUGUGGAAGGAGGUUUCGGGGGUGCAGAGCAGUGAGGAAGCCCUGAAACAGGCAGAGGGCCUGGACUUGAGCACUAACAGCUCCAAUUCUACCUCAGCCUUCCCCAAAGCUGCAAGCGCUCACAUCCCACUGCACAGCCUGAUCAACGGACAAAGCCACACCCCAAAGCGAGACAGAGCCAGACUGUUUGAGUGGAUAUCCAGCUUCACCAAGUCAGACAGCGGAGAUGACCAUGUCCCCUUUUACCCCAAAGGCGGCCAUCCCAUCAGCAGCCAUCAUGAGGAACAUGCCAGCUCCCAUCCUCUCUACGGCCAUGGAGAGUGCAAGUGGCCUGGCUGUGAAGCACUGUGUGAGGACAUGGGACAGUUCAUCAAGCACUUGAACAAUGAGCACGCCCUAGAUGACCGCAGCACUGCUCAGUGUCGAGUCCAGAUGCAGGUGGUUCAACAACUGGAGAUUCAGCUGACGAAAGAGAGCGAGCGACUCCAGGCCAUGAUGACCCACCUGCACAUGCGCCCCUCAGAGCCAAAGCCUUUUAACCAACCUCUGAACCUGGCUUCAAGUGGCUCUCUGUUAAAGCGGGACAGCGAUAUCUACCCAGAGGGUCUUCCUCACCCUCCCACCUCAGCUGCCACCCCUAUAACCCCACUGCGCCAGGGUCCCUCAGUCAUCAGCUCCUCCAGCCUGCACACACACUCCCACUCCCACUCCCACACACACGGUGUUGGGCCCAUACGUCGGCGCAACUCAGACAAGUACUGCACCCCCAUCGCCUCAGAGCUGGCUCAGAAUUGUGAGUUCUACAAGAACGCUGAUGUCAGGCCACCCUUUACCUACGCCUCUCUUAUACGUCAUGCCAUUCUGGAGUCCCCAGACAGACAGUUGACUCUCAAUGAGAUCUACAACUGGUUUACACGCAAGUUUGCCUAUUUCAGGAGAAACACAGCCACAUGGAAGAAUGCUGUGCGCCACAACCUGAGUCUGCACAAGUGUUUUGUUCGCGUUGAGAACGUGAAAGGGGCUGUGUGGACUGUGGAUGAAGUUGAAUACCAAAAGAGGAGACCACCAAAGAUGACCGGAAGUCCCACUCUGGUGAAAAACAUGAUUUCGGGCCUGGGCUUUGGAUCCCUAAACGCCAGCUACCAGGCGGCUCUGGCAGAGAGCAGUCUGUCCCUGCUGAACAGCCCUUCCCUGAUGAGCCCAUCUGCGGCCAGCCUCAACAUGCUGCAUGUGGGCCACGAUGAUGUUAGCUCUACUGUGGAGCAGGUCAACAGUAACGGUAGCUGCAGCCCCACACUCAGCCCUCACCAGUACAGCCACCAGGUGCAUGUGAAGGAGGAGCCCACUGAUCUGGAUGAGGACAGUCGUUCAGUAUCCCUAAUGGCUGGCAUUACACACAACCUGCCAUUGCCGAGCGACGAGCGUGAUCUGGAUGAGGAUCUUCCCACUGAGGACCUGGAGUAGGACAGAUCCCAGAUGGAACAGAGGGAUAAGACAUAGCGAGAUCAAUCCCUGAGCCCUCUCGUCAGCGUGAAGAAGAAAAGAUAGCUCCAGUACACUUAAAAGAAAAGAGGAAAAAAAAGAGAAUGGUUUUUUUGUUAAAAAGAAAAUGCAAGCAACCAAGGACAACAUUGAGGAACUCCAAACAGGGUUAGAUGACCUCCGUUACUUUGAGACCCAAAAACAAGACUGUGGAUCACUGCUUUACCUUCAUGUGUUUCUUUUCCAAAACUUGGCUCAGAGGUGUAACACCACUCAAUGCAUACCGACACACGCACAAACACACACACACACACACACACACACACACACUUACAAUAAUUACCCAUAAUUAUCAUCCUCCCUGGUCAAAUCAGCUUCUGUGUAGAGAUCCUUCGAGGUUAGGAUAUACACUCUUUGCUCGACCACUCGGCACACGCCCUGUCCUCCUUGCUGUUGUCGCGGGCUGCCUGGCUAGCCAUUUCAUCAGUUGAGAAGACACACAAGUGUGGGUGCCUGUGAGUAUGUGUCUGUGUAUUCGAAAGACAAAGACGCACACACAGGAUCAUAUGUAUAUAGAUUUGGAGCAGUCACCAGGGGAUGUGCAGAGGUGUACGUCUCCUUCUUCCCCUUCUUUGAGUCAAUCACUUGCUUUUUCAUUUUUUUUUAUUGGAUUGAAAUGAAACUGUCGGGCUACAAGAUGGGAAGGAAGGAAGGAAGUGUGUUUUGAUAGCUCAGCAGUGCUCCAACACUUCUGCAGAGCUGGCUCCUGUCUUCAAGUCCAUGUGUGAGCCAAUUGCUAUGCUUUGGCCCUGGUCCCUGUCCAUACUUCUGCCCCCAGCAAGACACUUAGCGAUAAACGUCUCUUAAACUCUUUGCUUCUCAGAGAAAGAAAAUACAUUUUCCUACCCCCUUCCCCCCCCCCCCCCCACACACACCCUCCCAAAAAGACUGCAGGAAUAGGACCAUUUGGUGCUGUCCUUCUCCUCUCCUCCGUCUGUGGCUGUAGCGAUAAGCUUGGAACACUUUGAGAACGAGAAGACGAGGGGAAGCAGAGAGAAAUGAGGAUGGAAUCGUCUACAGAAAUAUUGUGACUAAAAAAGAAAUCUUUUCAUGAUUAUGGAAUAUAACAAGAAAAAAAAGUGUGUUAGCUUUUGUCAUUUCCUUUUUUCAUUUGAUGUUAUUAUCAUUGUUUAUUUUUGAGGAUCAAUAUUUCCAUGGUGGCGUUCUGUUUUGACGUACCUUUUCUAAGGAUGCUGUUUUCGUUUUUUAUGAUAAACUGUUUGAUUUACUCUGGCUGUUCACACCAUUCCAAAUGAGUAUUGGCAAAAAAAAGAAGAGAAAGCACAGUAUUGUCCCAACUUGUGAUACCCGACCCCCCACCCCCACCCCCUCAGCUUCUGCCCCUUUCCCUUUCUGUCCCAAGUGUAGCAGGCAAAAAAUUUGGAAAUAGCACUUAAAGUUGCCAUUAUCCAGACAGAUUAUUUAACAGCUGAAUCCUGUUUUUAAUUAUCUCUCAUUCACUUGUUUUUGGUUGUGUAUUUAGUUGAGAAAUAUAAGUAAUGCUUUAAAAAUAUAUAUAUUAUUACUUCAGUCAGAGAAUACCUCAUCCCACAAAGGUUCUUCCUGGAACUCUGUCCAAAUUGAUUAACAAAUAAGGGGGAAUUAUUUCCGUGGGAUACCAAAUGUGGCAACUCUGCUCAGCUCUAUGGUUGUAAUAGUUACUGUGUAGAAGCUAUCUGCAAUUCACUGUGUGAGUUUGUGUUAAAGAAAUAGCACGUAAGAUUUAUUUUUUGUUUUCCGUAAGCAUAAAAGCAUUACUUAUCUCUCUAGUGCCAUACCAAAUUUUAAAAAAAAUGUAAUCUAUUAUUUGCUUAUUCCCAUUUUAUUUGUGUUACAGGUAACCAAAGAAAUAUGUAGAAAACCAAAAACCCUGUAGUUUAUUUUGCCCUUUUUGAGUUUCUUCUUAUUUUUCUUCUUAAAGAAUUGGCCAAAAGACAACAAACCAGGAGUUUGAAUACGUGUUGUAUUCAAUAUUGUGUUCAAAUUAUACAUGACUUACAGUGCACACCAUUCCGAAAAACCAAAGUGUGUAAAGCAAACUUGAAUUUGGAGACAUCAAAGUUUUUACAUAAUAAGCGGUUGGUUACGAAUGACUCACAUUUGGUAUGAGGCCACAAACUAGUAUUAUCAAACCUCGCACAGUUCCUCAGAAAAAAAGAAAAAGAAAGAAAAAAGAAAAAAGCACUUAGAGGUGAAAUCCUAUCUCUCCCAAGCUCAGGCUAAACUGUGUUUCAAACACAAUCCUCGGACUGGCCUUACGGUAUGAGCAGGCCUAAAAAUGAGGCAGGCACUCGUGAGGCAUUUGAACACUUUUUGCUUUACAGGAUACUUGUUCUGGUGCUGUCAUAACAAACAUUUGGAGUUUUUCAAACUAGGGAACAAACCCACCCUCUUGGUCUGUAUGUAGUAUUUGCAGGAAGAGGACCUGUACUGUAAUGUGGUUUCAAAGGUCACAUCUUUGGACAGGGAGGAGUUAUUCCAAAAACAUAUAUAUGACAAUAAAGAGGGAACAACUCAAAAUAAUAGAAAAAAUAUUCCAAUGUAAGAGGAAAACAACCAAGGGACAUCAUGUAAUUGAAAGUUGGGUUCAUAUUUUCAUACUAUCUCUUGCACGAUUUUUCUUAUUUAAUGAAAGACCUUUCUGAUAACUUUGUGUUCAAACAGGACUGCUUCCUGUCACAUUAGAGACUGAUUUAUAACAAAGUACAAAGUGGCAGACAGACAUCUUGAAACAAGAUAAAAACCAAAAAUAACACUACCUCCUUUUCAAAACAGUUCAACGCAUAGCCAAUGGGAGACUGAACUCUCUUAAAUAUUUUCUUUUCCUCCAUUCUUCCUUGAUGAUAAUAAGGAAUGCCAAAACUGUUGUUACACUUACUUUAUUACCGACAUAAACAAAAUUAUUCAGCCAUCCGGACUCCCUAACACAUCUGCUUGAGCCCAAAAACUUAGAGAUGUUUCACUUUCCAUGAAAUUAAAAAUGACUACCUCUCCUUAAACCACAUCUAAAGCACUCUCUAUGUCUCAAAGUGUGUUGUCAAAAUGAAAUGUUUUCUGUCAGCUGUGUAAAAACUGACCAUAUUCCUGCACCCAAUUAGCACUGAGCUAUGUGAGCAGCCUCUCAACUGUCUGCUCUGACUGUAUGUGUACAUACUUAUCAUCUACACCAACAGUAAUGGUUAUGUGGUGUUAGAGGGAGCUGUUGUAGGGGUUAAUGGUGGAUUGACUAUAUAAGUGCCACAUCACUCACACACAAAGGGGUACAACAGAAGCAUAGAAGCAGGGCUAUGGGUUACUACAACGGAGGCGCUGACCAUCCAGAUAUCCAAAGACCCACAACACAGCAGCACCCGCUUUGCCAAAACACUCGCAGAGGCGCUGAGAGGACAAACACACAAGUAAUGAAACUCGUCACUACUAGUAAUAUCCAAACCAAGAGGAACUGCUGCAUACAGUACAUAGAUAAUCUCUGACUUGUGUUUUAAGGUACACCUGUAAACAAAGCUUUUUUUGUAAAGAUGUAGAUUGUUCACAGGUCGCCAUGUAACACUUCUGUUCUUUCUCCAGCUUGGCAUAACACAAUGUAUUCUUGUAUAAUAAUGCUUGACUUAUCUCUCCAGGACAUUUUUUCUCAUUUUGUCCUUUGACCUUUGUCUCUUCUUUUUAUUUUCUGCACCUGUUUAGCUAUUGUAAAGCUUUAAGCUCUGAUUCCUAUACUGUACUGCUAAUGCUGAACUAUAUGUAUCUAUCAUAUUAAGUGCUGCAGGUAUCUUGGUUUAUUAGUUUUUGUUUUGUUUUUUUGUUUCCAUUUUUCAGUUCUUCAUAAAACGUCUGGGACGCUGAUUUUUUAAGUGUAUUAUCUCUAAAAAAUGGAAAAGAAUAAAAGUUAGAUCAGUGGUUUAGGUAACACCUGUUUGUAUAUUUAUCUUAGCUAGGUCUAUUUUGAUACUUUUUUGUCUCUGUACUGCAUUUAUGCAUUUUUAAGGAAAGAAAAACAAACAAAUGGAAAACAAACUAAAAAGUUACUUAAUUAUGUAUUGAUACCUCAGAAGGACUUUUUCUCAAAGACAGGACCAAAACCUCUGAAAAGAAAAAAUGUAAGAAUAUGUACCCCCUCUCUUGCUUUAAAUAAAGCAACAACAACACACAAACAGCGGAGCUCUAGAAAGAUAUUGCUGUUGGUCCUCUCAGGUGCCAAUAUGUGUCCCAGCUCCCUGUGACCCCUCCCUCUGACCCCUGACCCUGUCAGUCCUGUGCUGAACUCUGACCCGGAGCUGUCAAUCAUCUGCAGGCGCCAUGGGGGUGUCACUGAGUCACACACCUGGCUGGUAGUGACCAGUCACAAACCUCAUCUCCCAUUCCCACAGAGGCAGAUCAAAGCCUGACACUUGCAUUUUUUGAUACUCCACCUCUUGCAUAGUCCCAAUACCAAAAUGUGGAAUGGCACUCAGAGAUGCAGCUCAUCCUCUGACUACCAAAGGCAUUGAAAGCAACCAUUUGCUUAGUCCAAACUCCUAUACUGUAACCAAACUGCAACCAAACCAAUGCCACAAUCUUAACCAAACAAAAACCAAGCUACUUCCAAAAGUCUCCAUCGACUUCACUGAUCACCUUUACUGAUAGCUGUUAUCUCUUUUACAUCCACCUAAUGGGGUUGUAGGACCAGCCUGCAUCCUAUUGGCUGGUGACUGACUCAAAGGACACAUGGAGCCCAAAUCCUGACUUGUGAUUGGACAAUUCUGAGGUGUCAUGUGAGGGGAAAGGACUCUCAAAGUGGAUGCAUUGCCUGACGGUAUUAUCAAGUAGACAGCCAGAAUCCGAUGGAACUACCACUUCAGCUCUCCUCUGGUCAAACCUAAGGAAUGUGUGUACAUUUUCAGCAGUGACUCUCUGUAUCGUUUCUUAGUUUCAGUUUAACUGUUUACCUCUCUUUAUCCUUUGGUUUUUGUUUUGUUUAUUGUUAUUUGAAAGUGUGACCUGAGGAAGAGGCGGGGACAAGGACUGGGUGGUGGCUUUAGACAGACAGUGGAGCCCAGCCCUCUGACCCUCCACCCCGGGUAGCCAUGUAAUGCCAGUCACUGCCCUUUCCUUCAUGCUGUAUAAAAACACACACAUAUAUCUGUGUAUUUGUAACCUGAAUCUUCUUGUGUCUGUCCAUGCAGACAAUAAAAAACUGUACAGUAGGUCUAGUUGCAUGUAAUCUGUACUAAUUAUUGACAAUGGCAUUAUAAAAUGCAAUAAAAUACUUAUUACACUGUU